CCGGGUGUUUCCAUGUAUUAGCGUGUAGAAUUUCGCAGCUUGCACCACCACCUACAUUUUUCAACUGCCUGACAAGUAUAAUUUUUCGAAAGUCUCCAUUGCUCCCCUUUCAUCCAGGUCCUUCUAGCAAGGCCCCCGAUUUUCUGUGGUAUUGUUCUGUUUCUGCCGUAUUGCAGUUCUGUUUUAAACACACCCACUAGAUUCAAAUAUCUCAUUAUAUUAUAGAUUAAAGAAGGGUUUCGUAUUUAUGGAGGCUUGGGCACCGGGCGACCACCAAUUGCCUUAUUAUCGAAAAACAAUAAAACGCCUGAAUCAUUCAAAUCUAUGAAAACAGCCAGCAAAAAAUUUAUCCUGUCACUCUGGGACAUCGGACGCUACUGAUCAGAUGGCUGCACUUCGAGAGGCUAAGUCUAGAAACGCCAAAAUAACAGGUUUCUGGCAUGACCAUCUUCCCCUGAAUCAGCUCCAUUCUAUUGUGGAGUCGAGAGUCAACGCCAUAGUCACUUCACGAAGCUCUCCAUUCGCAGUACUCCUGAAAGGGGACGGCAAGCCGUUCUCGGCAUGCGUCGAAUUCACUAUUCGAAAGUCAACUGCACCGUAAAGCCUGAUAAGUAAUAUGUGCAUGUAUAACCAUGAUGUAACAUUUGAUGCCACUCAACAGCUUAUCCUGAAUUCCAAUGCGGCUCGACACCACGGAUAAUUGAAGUGAAAUUUGACUUCCGAAGGACGGGCUUGAGAAGAGCGUGAAUGGUCAACCCAAAAUAGUAUUUAGCAUUUAAUUAAACUAAAACAGCCAUACUUUACGCACUAGCAAUUUGUCAUGGCGUACACAUUUCCAUCUUUCAGUAUUACUGUACCUUUUUGCCCUGCAAAUCCGUUUCAUGCUUAUGUACUAGAAAGAGUGAUUGGCGCCCAUACAUAGAUAAUACCUCAAAUUAGGCUUAAUUGAAAAUUGACUAAAAUUGCCUUCUCUGCGUGUCAAUAAUUCCGAGCCUAUACAGCGUAGCCCACAACAACCAGUGAUGAACUUCUACAACCUAACAUCCUGGCGUACUCAAGUAAGCAACAACUACCCUGAAGUACUCAAGUAAGCGACAAC